AUGGCGAAACCUCAAUAUCUGCGCCGCCGGCAGCGCCCGGAGCUCAGCUCUCUUGCCCGAUCUGCAGUGAAGACAUGGCACCUCGAUGACAGCCAUCAAAACCUCGAGGACGACAGACAAGACGAAGUGAAGGACUGGUUCAAAGUCCAAAUGGACAAGGCGAAACGCUUUCAGCCUUUGGCUGUGCUCAAUCAGAAGCUGAAGGGCUUGGAUGUCUUCGAGUCGAACGAGAACCAUGGCACCUCCGUCGUCAAUCGCGCCCCGGCUGCAAGCAUGGGCAUGUCGGAGCCUACGGUGACGCACAAGGUUCUGGACCCUGAAGACUUGAUCACAAAGGAGCAUUGGCAAGCGGUGGGCUUUCAUGACGUCUGCCUUGAGCCCUCUUGCGGGAAACGACUGAAUUCCACCAACGGAUGUGUGAACUGUCGCAAAUGUGGGAAACUCUUCUGCGAUGAGCACACCAUGUAUCAGAUCAAAUUAUCCCGGUCCGCAUUGCAUGAGCCAGUCCGAGGUAUUUGGGCUAGGGUCUGUGAGACAUGCUACAAGUCCCGGGAAGGAUACAACGACCACAACGGAGCUAUCAGAAACCACACCGAUAUGUUCCGGAAUAUCCGGAAACAGACCGUUGAUAAAGACCUCCUUGAGGUCUCUCGGCUCGAGACACGGUUGACCCGGCUCACCCAACUACUCGCAAGCUUACCACCCGAGCAGAUUCAAAACAGCUCCGCAAAAAUAUUCUCUCUUAGCUGGCAUAACGACCAACGGAAAGCUCUAGAGCAAACUGUAGUCAGCUGGCAAGACGAUGCAACCGUCUCGCGAUGCCCUUUUUGCCAACAAGAUUUCUCUGGGUAUUCCUUUCGGAGGCACCACUGCCGAACUUGCGGGCGAGUGGUCUGUGGUGAUCCGAGCACAGCAUGCUCAAGUGAAAUUGGGUUGAGUGUUGCGCCGAUCUCCAAAACAUCCGAAAAACAAACACCAAAGGGUUCGGUCAACGUUGACAUUCGUCUAUGCAAGGAGUGCAAAGGGACAAUCUUCAGUCGGCGAGAUUUUCAAGCAGAUGUGUCACGAACCCCGCCCGAAGUGCGAGCGUACGAGAACCUUGUGCAAUUUGAAAGAGGCAUUCGUCUUCAUCUGCCUCGGUUCCAGAAGCUUUUGACCACUCUCCAGGACCCGCGACGACCCCCAUCUUCGGCCCAGAUCGCGGACGCUUCGAAGGUUCGCAAACGACUGAUCGAUUCCUUUGCCAAAUACGAUAUCGCAGCUAGACGCAUUCGGGACCUACCAACCGAAUCUCCCUCACAAGAGAGACUACAGAAAGCGAUCUAUCAGAAAGCCAGCAAUUUUUUACAUCUGCAUAUGCUCCCAUUGAAGACUCUUCCCAAAGUACUCAAGUCUGCACAUGCCGACAAUGGCGGAACCAGCCGAACGUCCUCCCCAAGCAUCCCGAACAAUGGACCUUCGGCCGGGUCCCGCCCUCCCGAAACAGCACUUGCAUCCAUCAAAUAUAACGAGCGAGCGGCCGCCAGUCGCAGUGACAGUAGCCUAGGCAGCGAUGCCAGUAGCGCGGUGUCCGCGCUCGAGGCGGAAGAGAAAGCCCUCCGGGAACGGUUGAUUGUCUUGGAAGAGCAGAAGUUCUUUGUCUCCGAGAUGAUUGCUGAUGCGAACCGACGACGCAAAUUCGAUGAAGUGAGCAGUCUAGCGGUAAAUGUGGAGGAUUUAAGCCGCGAGAUUGACAGCGUCAAUGGAAUGCUCGCAGCGCUAGACUUUGAAGGUGUUUACACGGGUACCGUCUAG